AGGCCGAGCAGAGCAACAUUGCUAAGCCGAGGCCGCGCGGACUUCUCAGAGACCCGCCGCCGCCCGCGACUUUGGCGCUGCAGCCAUCGCUCUUAUCCCUUUCCCGUCCUCUCCUUCUCCGUCGCCGUUCCGCAGCCGCAGCACCAUCGAUAACAGCUAAGUGAUCAAUUCGGGAGACUUAGGGUUGGGAGUCGGGGCGGGCGCAAGGCGCGGGCAGCACACGCAAGCCCGCCAUCUCCUGCUGCAACUGCCACUGCUGCAGAUACCUCUGCCGGGCGGGAGAGAAGAACACUGUCAAGAGGCCCCCGCUGUCCUAGUGCCCACGGUCAGAGUUAGAGCGUUUCUGCCUUGCCUUUGGGGAAGGGAGAAGGAGAACGGACAGGACAGGAUCUUUCUGUUUUCGGAGAUCACGAAAAAAGAUCUCAUACUGGAUAGUGCUGACUUUUUGUCAGCUUAAUCUAGUAAGUGGUAGCGUUGCUGAGCCUCCUUAAACCCCGAGCCAUGUCGCCCCCAACAGUGCCUCCGAUGGGCGUAGAUGGUGUGUCCGCAUACCUGAUGAAGAAAAGGCACACCCACAGGAAACAGCGGCGCAAGCCCACUUUCCUCACCCGUAGGAACAUUGUGGGCUGCCGCAUUCAACACGGCUGGAAGGAAGGCAACGAGCCUGUGGAGCAGUGGAAGGGCACCGUGCUUGAGCAGGUUUCCGUGAAGCCCACUCUCUAUAUCAUCAAAUAUGAUGGCAAAGAUAGUGUGUAUGGACUAGAACUGCACCGAGAUAAGAGAGUUUUAGCGCUAGAGAUCCUUCCUGAGAGAGUGCCAACUCCUCGCAUUGAUUCGCGCCUGGCAGAUUCCCUGAUUGGCAAGGCAGUAGGUCAUGUGUUUGAGGGUGAGCACGGUACGAAAGAUGAAUGGAAGGGCAUGGUCCUAGCGCGAGCCCCCGUGAUGGACACCUGGUUUUACAUCACCUACGAGAAAGAUCCAGUCCUUUAUAUGUACACGCUGCUGGAUGACUACAAAGAUGGUGACCUGCGCAUCAUUCCAGAUUCCAACUACUAUUUCCCUACAGCAGAACGGGAGCCUGGAGAAGUUGUCGACAGCCUUGUGGGCAAGCAGGUGGAGCACGCCAAAGAUGAUGGGUCCAAGAGAACCGGCAUUUUCAUCCAUCAAGUGGUGGCCAAGCCAUCUGUCUACUUCAUUAAGUUUGAUGAUGAUAUUCACAUUUAUGUCUAUGGUUUGGUGAAAACCCCCUAAAUUCAUUGUGCCAUUGCAAAAGUUGUGGAACUAUUAAAUGUAAAGUAUGUCGUGUGAACUUUUGAGAACAGUUUUGAAGACAGAGAUUAAAGAAUUUAUUAUUACUUAUGGUGCCUCCAAAUCUUACAUUGACUAGUUCCACAGUUUUGCUCGAAGUAUACUUUGGUACUUUUGAUAUUGCCUUGUUCUGUAAUCAAAAUUUUAAAUCAGGUGCUAAUAGAAAAUUGAAAAGUUUUUGUAAAAUUUGGAACAAUGGAAAACUAGAUAAAGAAAAAUAAAUGGUGUACACACGCUAUAUCCUCCACCUCCCCCCAUUUCUUUCUUUGCCUUACCAAUUUUUUUCUCCCCAGGUAAAAUGUGUUAAGAACAUAAUGUAUAUCCUUCCAUGUUUUCCCCAUCCUCUUAAAGAAAGUUUGUUGUAGUCUUUUCUACGGAAACAGCAAGCCCCAGUAUUUCUCUGUAAUUGUUUCUCUCCCUUGACAUAUCCUUCUGAUCAGUAGCUACAGAUAUCUCUCUCUUUCUCCCCCAUUCCUCCCUCUCCAUAUGGUAGAAGACAGAUGUCCAUCUAUACAUUUUAUUCAUAUUGGAUACCUGAUUGUAUCAUCACAUUUAUUAAAUAAAUCACCCAUUUCCCCUCUCCCUCUAUUUCUCCUUGUCUUCCUCCCUUCUCCUAACAGCUGCAUACACAGUACAUAUUUAUGUACGAAAAUGGUACCAUUUAUGUACCAUUCUAUUAUUGAUGGUCUUUAAGUUUUCUCUUUUUUUUCCACCAUAGCACUGCUACAAUAUUUAUUUCUAUAGGGUAGCUUCCCAGAAAUGGGACUGCUAGGUAGGUGUUUAUUUAAUUUUAAGAGAUAUUACAAAAUUACCAUCUAAAAUGAAAGUGCUCAUUUUCCAGCAUCCUCUCCAGCACUCUUUAAUGUUUGCAUAUCUGAACAGUGAAAAAUUACAUAGUAUUGUUUCUUUAAUUGAAAAACUCAGUGAGAUUUUUUGUUUUUUUACCAUUUG